UUCUUCGGCGCUCGGCGGAGAACGAACGGAACGCGCGCGAGUUCGUGGUGACGGUUUACGCGCUGCGACCUGAUCCUGGUCGCCUGGGUCCCCUGGAGUUGACGCGGGGCGAAAAAUUUCGGGGCGCGAAAUACGAACGUAAUCAGUGUUGACUACUACGACGACGACGACGACGACGAUAACUGCUACGCUACGACAAUUACGACUACGACAAGGACAAACGGUCAAACGGGCGCUACUCCCGCGAGUUCGAAAGAUCGCGUAUACCGAGUGACUUCGGGAAUAUCCGUCAGUGCGAGACAAUUUCGAAGUUGGGUUGCUGGUUAAUCUGUUGUUUUGAGUGCAUCGGUAUCGGUAUCGGUAUCGGUUUCGUAAUCGGUAUCGGAUAAGCGACGGAGAGUGUUGAAAAUCCGCUCCGUUAAAUCGGAGCAGGGGAAGACGGGGCGACGGUAGGUGAUCGACGAUAAUCGGUGGUGUUGGCCAAUCCUUUGAAUCGAUCCCACGGAUUCGCGAUCCGGACAGUGACAGUGACAGUUGUCGAACGUGAGAGUGUUUUGCUUCGAUUUACCUGCAAGAAGUUUCUCCCACAGAAAACGAGAGAAACUCCGUUUAAGGAUAAAGAAAUAAAGGAUCAUCCUCGCUCUUCUCGUUCUUCUUAGUUCCAUUCGGAGAAGCGCUCAUACCUGAAGAGCCGUAGAGUGAACCUUAGAGAGAAUACCAGAUAUCUAAGCGAUCGGAAUGCUACUGUAUCAGUGAAGGUUCGUGAUUGGAUUGUGUCGCGAAAACAAGGGAAGGAGUGUGGGCAAGAUAAGGGCGAAAGAGAAAAAUUCGGGUUUGCGAUUUAGGGGUGCGGGUUGAUAAAGUGAUUAAACAGCAGGACGGAAAGGGAGCUCGAGCGAGGGGACGAGAAACGGUACCGCCGUGAGACAGUCUUACGGCAUGAACAGUCGGGAACGAAAAAACAGAAGGGAAAGAUGCUGACAAUACAGCGCUCAGACUCGUUGAGAGGGGGAGAAGGUUGCAAUCUUCAAGACAGCGCGCAUUUGAUAGCCCCCGUCAUGUCUGGGGCUUCCGUCACCAUGUGGAAGCCCGCUGAGAGAAGCGUCUCCUUCAAUCGAGACGUCCACGUGAAGAGGAUCGGACGCGGCGCACCGCGCGUAACCGCGGCACUCGCGGGCGAUGGAGAAGGUAGGUUGAUCGUCACACCGAUCCACAAGGAAAGCAUUACCGCGCGCAGCAAGGAGGACCUCGCGCAAGAAGCAGCCCUGGUCCUGCAGCAGGCAGGCAGCCUUCAGUGCGUGGCCCACGACAAUCGACGCCUGCCCGGCCGCUUCAGCACCUUGCCGGCGCGGCGGAACAAGAAACGGCCGGAACUACCGCUCGAUGUGAGACGCCGAGGCAGCGAGGAGAUUGGCGCGACGACGACGACGACGAGCGCGGACCUCGGCACUCCGCGGGCCAAGAAGAAGCCACUGGAGAGAAGCGCCAGCGAUGCCAGUGCAAAGAAGCUGAAGGGCUCGCUCGCGCGCUUCUUCUCGCCAAAAUUGGAGAGACGUCGUCGGCCGGUCGGCCGUAGCGCGAGCGACGCCGGCACGUGGACGCGCUCGCAGCGCAAGCGGAGCGGCAGCGAAAGCGAAGGUUCUCACCUGAGCACGAGCCGCGCCAAGAAGCAAUUAUCGCCGAUAAUCGAAGCGUCUCCCCAAAUUGAUCAGCAGCAACCGUUCCACUUCGGCGUCGACGGGACAACAGAUCGCGAGGACAACAAUAAUCGACCGGAACCAAAGAAACCUAAACGGAAGGAGCGCGCGAGUCCGAUCGAUGCCGACCACGUGAUAGCGGACGUCGCCGAGGCGGGAAAGACGAUCGAGGAGACGAGGAGCGUGGAAGCGCGCACCGUUGACGAGCUCACCGGCAAAUCGUCACCCAGCAGGGAGGCCAAGGUGAUCGAGCAUCGCAUAUUCGUCGAAGGCAGGGACAACGACGACGACCACGCGAAGGAGGAGGCGGCGGAGGAGAAGAAGGAGGCCGAUCGGAAGACAAUCGCGCCGUCGGCUAGCCGUACUCCUUCACCCACGAAGGAGUCUUCGAAGCGCGAGGGAGACGAAGUGGACGGAGCGGCCGGCGCGGAUAGCAUGCUGCAUAGUAGCCGAUACGAUCUUCAGCAACGUGACGAGCAGUCGACCAUCCACAAGAUGAUCCAUCGAUUGUCCAACGACCGGUCACCGCCGCCGCAGCUGACGAGGACCAUGGUGUCGCCGUCGCCGGGAUUCGGUCACAAUAACAACCGACCGUUCUCCUAUACGAGACCAAACGACUCCUGCAGCCCACCACCGGUGCAGAGCAACGUCAUCUACGCGCAGGUACAGCCGGACAAGAAGAAAGCUCAGAGGAGUCACUCCGACAGCGACGAGGGUCUCGGUCUCGAGAGGAAGGACUCGUCGCGCGAGAACAGUCCCGCGGAGAAAGAGUAUCGCAGAACGGAUUAUUCGUACAGCAGCGAUCUGCGCCGCAACAAUGAGAUCAAUAGUUUCAAGUCGAGAUACGAGGAGGAACGCCAGAAAGGUGGUCCAUUCGGCAAGAACUUUGGCGGCGCGAAGGAUUUCGUCUCCAGGAGCAACGAUGUCAAGAGACGCCACGAGUUUGAAGAAAUCGAUAGACGCCUUUAUGACAAACCAGAGAAAUACACUUCGACUGUGUUCGUGGACACUUCCGGCCGCGGCAGAGCCGAUGGCAUGGACGCCCGGCGGCGGGACAGCGGGGAGCUGCUGUCGAGGCAAAACGAAACCGGGAUCUCGAACAAGACUUCCGAGCUGAGCGCCCGGCGAGAUCUCUUGGAGUCCAGGAUCAAGUCCAGACUGUUGGCCGACGAGAUGUUCGCCGCCAAGAGCAACUGCGCGAACGUGCCGGUGAAGAAGUCCGAGCACGAAAUCAUCGACAAGCCGAUCGUGCCGUCGCCAGUCACGCCGAACCGGAUCGCGUCGCCGAAGCGAUACAUGGAUACGUACAUCACGGAGACGCGCACUAACAGCAACGGCGAGAAGUACAUCUUCGAGAAAGAGAUACACGAGGACAACGGCAAGGUCUACGGCUACGAGAAGAAGAUCACCAACAAGAUCCCGACCAACGGCUACCUCGAGACCUCGAAGCCGCGGGACGGCUACACGCUGGAAACCAGGACGGACAAAUACGGCGACAAGUACAUCGUGGAGACGCGAACUCACGAGGGUUAUUCAACCGACAACUUCAAGCCGUUUCUCAGCGACCGGAGCAGGACCAGUCCGGAGGAUCGAUUUCAAACCUUAGCCCCGAGGAACAGUAGCCCCUACAAAUCCUCGCACUAUCUACCCGAGGAAACGACAGCCAACACCACGACAACGAAUCGUCAUUUCCGCAGCGAAUCGCGGGAUAACGACGAGCUGUCCUCGCCGAUAAUCGCCAAGAAACUAAACGAACGCAAGUUCUCCAAGAGCGAUGACUUUUUGGAUCGCGACAGCCGACCGGUUGGCCGUGACGCCUACCUACCGAAGACGAAAAGGAACUUCGAGUCGAUCCGCGGCAUGAGCAAGUCGACGCAGCGGCUCGACGAGGUCGGCGAGAACGCUCGGGUCCGCGCGCUCAGGGGUGAGUACACUACGAGGUCGCACGAGAAUCUGAGUAGCGUGCACGCGGACUACGUGAAUGCGCGCGACAUGAGGCGUCCGUUGCUGGACAGCCCGACGAUGAACGGGCGCAGGGAGAGAUCGCCGUUCGCGAAGCGUCACUUAGAUAGCCUUCGCGAGGGCCCGAACGACGACUACGACACCGACAUCUCGCAGAUGACGAGCAGUCAGCUGGAGUCCAAGUACUACAAGGAGACGCGUACCACGCAGAGGUACACCAGCGGCAAGCAUCCGAUCCACGACGACUACGACAGCUCGCCGCCGCGGAUACGCACCGACCGUGGCGGCUACAAUUCCAGCCGAUACGAUUCCGACACCACCGCCAGGGACUCGAUCCGCUGCGAGACACGCUACGACGAGACCUCGCGCACUCUGCGCAAAGAGCAUCGCAAGCUGGACGAGGACCCGAAAAAACCGCUGAGGCGGUCGCGCAAUCGAUUGGACUAUUUCGACGACUCGGAUAGUCCGCGCGGCAAAAUGUCCUCAGUGAAUCGAUUGGAGACCUUCGACGAGAGUCCGACCAGACCACCGCGGACUUACCACGAAGGAAAAUCGCGACACGCAAGGCAAGAGGUGCGAGGCCACAUCGAGCGUCGUCAUCGUGAGACCAGGUUGAGCGAUCCGGAUCGGAAAGACCGAUUGGCCGAUUCCGGGAUCGAAAACGACUACCGACGGGACUCCCAGGAGGUCGACAGGCGCGAACAGCUCGAGUCGGAGGACGAGGGCUUCGUCAGCCGGCAGUUCAUCAAGCACGAACGACGACACACCGAUCGCAAUAUGAACCUGACGUCUUCCGAGCAACGAAAGUACGACAAAUACGUCAACGACGCGUCCAAGCAGCCGUUAGUGACCGCGAAACCACCUUCUGGCGCCGACAAAAAGUACGAGAAGAAGGCGACGAAGAAGAGCGGAACCAUGAGUAAGGUAAAGCAGCUGUUCAGUAAAAAGGAGAAAAAGGCGAAGGAGGAGAAGGGCAAGAAGAGUGCGAGGAGCGGCAGCAGCGGCGCUUUGACCGACGACGAGGUGACAAUGAGAUACCGAGAGUAUCGCGGCGAUCAGCUGAGGAGUGCGAAAAGCGCACGGGAUUUAGGCAGCGAUAUCCAGCGGGAGGAUUACAGUCAACGUAGGCGCUUAUCGACUCCCAGCGGCAGUCCGAGCCCUCCUAGGCCUACCAGACUCUCAAGAUCGACCGGUACUCUCACCAGAGAAGAAUCUUUCUGCGAGUCCAGUAACACCCUUACCAGAGACAACCAGGGACAAGAGGCGGAAAGAAAAGGCUGGUUUAAAUCUCUCUCGAGGAAGAAUAAAUCCAAUGCUACGCCUGUGGAUAAAAAGUCGAGAAUACUUGAGAGCGAGAUCCUGACGACCGGCACCGAGGAUGAGGAAGCUUCCUCCACGCCCGAACGAGUUUCCGUGCAAAAGAAUCUCCGCUUCUUCGGCGAUACGGAUCAGGAGUCCGUCUCGUCCAACAGAGACCGCAGGAACAAAACUGUGGACAGUCAUGCUUGUUCAAGACGUGAUGUCACGAAUUCGACUCGCCACAAUUUGGGUAUCAUGUCAGCACCGAGGAAACCUCCGAGACUUGCCGAAAGUGCAUUGUCUUCGGGUGAGAGUACAACGGGUGACAGCAGUCAACAAAGUCAGAAUUCGCAGCGAUCACAGAGAUCUGUUGUAUAUCUUCACGCUGCCACAGUUGGAGAAAUACCAGGUCCGAACGAGAGACGCAGGGCGGCAAGUCGCGAGGAAUUAAAUCGACCGUUACAAUCACAUACGAGAACGGUGUCGAGGAGCGUGAGCGUCCUUGCGCCGUGGAAGCCACGACACUACAGAGAACCAUUCGAAAUCAACUACGAUCAACAACAACAGCACGCGAAGCCGAUUGCGACCAUGAGACGCAGACAACGGAGUCGCGAGACACUCAGUCGCCGAGGAAAAGAGGCUCGACGUAGUAAAGAUAAUCUCUCGAAAACAAGCACGAUCAACCGCAGCACAUUGAAAUCGAAGGAUAAGCAGAAAGUGGAUAGGACCGUCUCCACGGAGUCGGGUGCUAUGGAUGUAAACUUGCUCAGCUCCGAACCGGAGCUGAGCAGAUCGACAUCCGUGCCGCGCGAUCCGAACAAGAAUGCGGGAUGGUUCAAGCUGAAGAAUAAAAAAUCUCGUGCCUGAAUUGGACGACCAUUAAUCAAUAACGACGCAACUUAACAAUAAUAUACGUGGCUCUUUAAAUGUAUUGAUAUGUAUUAUCGUUAACUUGCAUUGUUAUUAACGAUGCUGUAGGUAUCAGGUCCCCAACGGAAGAGGGAUCUCAUUUCAGCGUGCAAUUUUUGAUUAUCUAUUAUAAUAUUAAAAGUAGUGGAAUUGAUGUAAUUGAUGUAAUUUAAUUGAUGUAAUUCUUCAAAUCAAUGGUAAUCUUUCUAAGAUUUCUCAUUUUAAAAGGCUCCGACCUCUUUGAAAACUGUUAUCCAAAUAAGCAUUUUAUUUUUUGAAUAGUUGAAAGUAAAGACGAUACAACAAAGACGAAAAAGGAUCUCCAUUCAGUUGAGGUUGUUUAUUAUUAAGUGCUCUCUAAAUUUCUUGGAGUGAAAAUCUCGAAAAAUAGAAUAAUAACCAAGUCACUUAAAUUAUGGUGACUUUUUACUUGUAUAGAGUGAAUUUUCAGUCGUGAAAGAGUGAAUAAUUCGGAAACAGCGUAUGUAUUAUUAUAAGAGUCGUUUUAGUUAAUAGUAGUAGCUCAGUAAGUAAAGCGAAUGACUCCAGAGUCAAAAGUCUCAGGUUUCAAGUUUCGUUGUAGUCAGCUAAUUUUUUCAAACAUAUUAUAAAGGAAAUUAACUAAAUGGCGCCCUCUUAAAAAAGAUUGCAAUAAUUAAAGUCACUAGCAACCAUAAAUACGAGAGAAUUAGAUUUUCAUUUUUAUCUAAAAAUUUACUUUAUUUGGGGUGAAAUUGGUAAAAGUACCGAAUAGGAGACCCAGCUCUUACGACAUUGAUCUUGACAUAUGUAAUCAAGGACAUAUUUCUAAGUAACAUGCAAAACGUUUUAGCCAUGUUUUCGCUCAUUGUUUGUUAAAAAGUUAUUAACAAAAGAAGUUGCAUAAAAUGGAUGUAAUUUUUGGACACCGUAUAUACAAAAACAUCGAAUUUGUAGGCUAUAAAGAUGUUUGUUACUAUCCUGAGUAACAUUCAAAAGAUUUUAACUGGCGCUCAUUGUUUGUUAAAAAGAUUCACAAAAAAGAUACAUUAAUUACGCGCGCGUGCGAAAAAUAUUUCUGUCACACCAAUUCAUCAAUAAACUAUUUGUUUACAUAUUUCAUGUAUUUUUCCUUUAAAAAAAGGAAUUAUGUGUUACAUUGAGAAAUUCAUACAAAUGUUAAAAAUUUGGAAACCGUGUGUUACGUUCAGUUGCAUACGCACGUACACACAUGUACGUGUGCUUGUGUGUGUGAGUGUUUGUGUACGUGCGUAUGGCUAGCACCUUCUUAGCCAACAAAUUUGAUGUCGUUGUAUAUACGGUAUUCCAAAAUUACAUUCAUUUUAUGUAACUCCUUUUGUUCAUAACUUUUUAAUAAACACUAAUAAACACUUUUUAAUGAGCGACAGCUAAAACCUGCAGAAGGUCACUCAGAAAGGUGACCUCUAUAACAUAUGUCAAAGUCAAGGUCCACUAUUCGGUAUUUUUACCAAAUAUUCUUAUGAAAAUUGUAAUAUACUCCAUCCAGUAUUUUCACUAUCACUUGGAAUAAAUAUUCACUUCUUUUGAGCGAAACUUCACUCUAAAAAAUUUAGAGAGUGACAUAAUAAUUUUUUCGUCGAAAAUUUUUCAGUGUCAUAGGACAAUAUGUUUUAAAACAAUUUUCUUUUUGGAAUUUAUUUUGCUGUCUUUAUGCAGAUAUGUAAUAGCAACGACGGUUUCACUGCAAUAACAAAAUUAAUGUACUUCGUAUUUGAUAUAUCGAAUGUAUCGUAUCCAGCCUUCUCUCUGCCGAAUUUAACAGAUUAAAUUUGUUGCAUAUGAUGAGAAUGCAUUAUUUACCAAGAUAUUAACACAUGUGAUUUUAUCUAUUGUUAACCUUGAGUCCUGAAUGUAAGACUCGAAAAGAAAUACCUUUCGUUUAUAAUUAAAAGAAAAAGAAACGAAUGUUAAGAUGAAUUUUUAAGUAACUUUAGAAAUGAGUUUUAAAAUGUGUUUAAAAGUGAAUUUAAAAAUGAGAGUGUUCAUAUUUUCACGUAACCAAAUCAAUCAUAAACUUUGCAUGUCUCACAAGUAACUAACGCGUCCUUGAUGAACACGUUAGUUACUCGUAAGAUGCACAACGUGUUCUACUUCAUCCUACCGUGAAUCAGAGUGCCAUCUUCAUUUUCUCUGUAUGUACACUCCAUCUCUGUUAACCAAUCAAAAAAAUAGCCCCCAAAGCUAUGUAACGUAUCCUGUAAACAAAUAACAUCCCUCUACCAUAAGUGUUAGUGUAAUAAGAUUUACGAAGUAACGUUCUCCGUUAAAAUUCUACAGCGGCGAUCGGAUGUGUGAAAGAAAGAAUUAGAUAGAUAGAGAAAAGAGCGAAGGAAAGAAAAGGCGGAAGAAAUAAGGGAAAAAGAGAGAGAAAGAGAGAGACAGAGAGAUGUUUGACGAAAGCUUGUCGUUGUAAAUACUUGUAUCAAUGUAACCUUAAUUGUCUAUUGAUUUUACAUAAUUUUGUCACAUAAAUUAUGUAUUCGUAAAACGUGAUGUGAAUUCUAGUGGUAGUAGAUUCACUUUAUAUAUGGAAUCCACAUCACGUUUCUCGUAUAUAUAACAUGUAUACAACUCCUGUCGCUGUAGAUUCGUGGGUCGUAGAUCGCAGUUACAUUGUUGCAAGCUUUCGAAUAAAAGAAAAGAAAAGUAAAGAAGCACGCAAUGCUAAACGUUAUCUACUGUACUGUGAUAUGCUUUCGCGUCGAUGAAGGUGAAACGAAUUAACGAAUACAGCGACACGAAUAGUCAUCUCGCACCACUGCAAUUCUUCAUUUCUACACGGAGAAAAUUUUAUUUUAAAAAUUACCAUAAAACUUUGUAUCUGAAGAAUAGAUAUUUUGCUAUAAUUGAUUAUUCUUUCAUUUCAUAUGCACUAUUUAUAUUUUAGAAAUUACAAUGUAUGCUAUUUAAAAAUUCGCUGUUUUUAAUGAAAUUUUUAUUACGUUCCUUAGCAAGACAAAUAUUAUUAAUAAACUAUUCCUGCACUACUAAAAAUAUGGUAAAAUUAAAAAGAAUCUAUAUAAAAAAAUUGAUAAUAUAUUGAUAUUUUCUCUGUGUACUUACCUGGUGCUAAAUUACGCAUCUAUAUGUGUGUGUAUGUGUAUAUAUGAAUAAUCAUACUACUUGAAUGUAAAUAUCAUGGAUAUGUAUUGACAACCUGUCGAAAUUACCAAUAAAAUAUAUCACUUAUCAAUGUUCCAACACA